AUGGAGGUAGUCAAAUUAAAUCUAAAGUCAAAAGAAAGUAGUCCACUACUCCGUGAAGUAAUUAGGUGUGUAGCACUUGCUAAGCAGUGUAUUAUAAUUACCGGAGCUGGUAUUUCUUGUAGUGGCGGCAUACCUGAUUUUAGUAGCUCAGAUGGUCUUUAUAAUAAGAUAAAGAAACAAUAUUCGGGAACCUUUCGUUCUGGCAAAGAUUUAUUUGAUGCUCGCUUACAUAGAACCCAUGAAUCUAUUAAAGCAUUUAACCUUUUCAUGGGCUUGUUAAAAAAAUUAAUUGUAAAUGCUAAACCUACUGCCACUCAUUUUUUUAUAAAAAAGUUGGCAGAUAUGAAGAAAUUAAAAAGAGUAUAUACACAAAAUAUAGAUAGCCUUGAAGAAGUAGUAGGAUUAAAUGUGGAUUGGCAAUUUGAAAGAGUUAAAAAUUAUCAAGCUCAAGUAGUUCAAUUACAUGGAACCAUGGCAAAUUUACGAUGUAACGUUUGCACAAAUAUUUAUCCUUUUACACAGCAAUUUUGUGAUAUUUUCAAGCAAGGAAGGCGUCCUCAUACUAUUGGACAUCUAAAACCGACAGUAAUCCUAUACGAUGAUUCACAUCCUAAAGGAUUAGAAAUUGGUAAAAUAGCAAAACACGAUGAGAAAAAGGCUGAUUGUUUGAUAAUAAUGGGAACUUCCUUAAGAAUUCCUGGUGUAAAAGCUCUUAUAAAAGAUUUUGCUAGUGCAGUUCAUAACCAUAAAGAAGGUGCUUGCGAUGAGUGGGUUGAACUAGUUAACAUAGAAUUAUCAAACGUUGAAAAAAUGACAGCUACAAGACCAUCAAAAAAUCAAUUGACUAAAACAAAUAACAAAAUCCAAUAUAAAAUUUAG